AUGGACAUUCCAACUGAAUCACCCGUUGAUACCGUCGAAGCCUCUAGCCCCCGAAUCCAUCAAGAUUCCAGGCAUCGAGACAUCUUCUGGGUCCGAACAAUAUGCAGCUCUCCGGAUAGCAGAUGCAGGACAAUAACAUCGUCUCCAGACGAGGAUGAAGACGACCAAGAAUCUCGCCUGCUCGAGGCUCAUGCGCGAGAAGAGCUUGAAGGCGAUGGCUGUCCUGCCUGUUACCCACCAGAACUCAACAUCCCCUACUGGCAAUCAUUCUCAUCGACAGGCGAUGUGGUACUUUGUGCUCAAAGAGAAGAUUGGCGGAAGUCUCGAGCGUUUCAACAAAGUUUCCGGAACCGGUUUCAACACAAUUCGUUCGGCAUGUUUGUGGCUAGUGUUUGCGAACGUCAGCGGAGGAACGGACUCGGUAGCCAUGUCCAGUUGCUGUUGGACCCGCAGCAGCAGAGCCAGCAGCAGACUUGGAUCGAGUUUCAGGACUACCAUCUUGCCUGCUAUGGGCAGUUCCGGAAGAAGCGAGACAGACUGGAAAAGUUGCGCGAUUCCCAGAAACAAGCUGGUGCUACGGACUUGGAAGGUUCUGGACACUCAGCACGCAGCGGAAAAUCUAUUCAGGGACGCCUCGAAUUUGCGGAACGAACUCUGCGGUCGCACGAGAUCCUCCCGGGGUGGAUCGAGCAACAACAGCUCAUGGUGGAUUCAUGGCCCUCUUCCCUUUGUCAGGGAGACUGA